AUGGAUCGUUAUCCUUGCGUGAACAGAUACAAGCCCGGUGUUGACUGUCCAGCCUGGGUCUACGUAUACGGCGCAAGAUGCGAAGACUGUGUUAUUGUGAGUUUGAUCAGGGUCGACAAACUACAGAGAACUGACUUCCGUUCUGUAGUAUGA